CUUGUGAGGACAAGAAAUAAAAUGGAGAGAGUUUCUGGAGGUCCUGAUUUACUGGAUAUAGUGCACCAAAGCGCGAGAAAAGGGACACUGUUGUUUUCUUGUAACAGCGAAGUGAAGGAGUUGAUGCAUCAGAUUGAUGUGUUACUAACAAAGAAUCUUGAAGAUGCUCAGAAAGAGAAAGAACUACUAAAAGAACAACUUCAAACAAGAGAAAAGGAGAUAACGUCAUUAAGAGUACAUCUCAAGGAAAAGACCACACAAAUCAAGAGGCUUCAAGAUGAGUUAGUUAAAUGUGACAGACAGUUGAAAGUGAAGACCAGUGACCUUGAGACCCAACUACUGAGACUAAGAACUGAAUUAAAUCGUUUAAAUAAAUCAUACGAGAAACUAAAAGCCACCAAAACAAAGACACAAGUUUGUAUAAUGGAUGAAAGAACACAAACCAUACAAUGUUUAGAGGAGAAGGUACUCUCUUAUGAAGAAGAGAUUGAGUCAUUAACUAAUGACAAUAUGAAACUAACAAGGACCAUCACUGCAUUACAAGAGCAGUUGGAUAUGAGAUAUGAUGAUUGUUAUGAUGAUACUGAAAAACAAAAGAAAAUUAAAAAGUUAAAGAAGGAGCGUGAUAUAGCUCGUGAGCAGACUAGGAACAGUCUAAAGGAGAUUGACAAGUGGUACAAUAAAUCAAAUGAACUGAUGGGAAUCAACAGGGAGUUAGAGCUGAGAGUGUCUGCAAUGAAUAAAGAAAUGAGAGAAGACGAUAUCAUCACUAACUUGAGAGGAAUAAUAGAAGAGAAGGACUCCAUCAUAAAGAAGAUGGAGGAGGACCAUCAGGUUCAGUUGCAUAGUGAAGAGAUGUACCACCAGCAGCUGGUGAAGACACUACAGAUGACAAUAGAGACACUAACACUGGAUGAGAACAAACUGAAGGAGAAAUAUAGAGCAUUGAAAAACAAAUUUGACGAAAAGGAAAAGUUAGAAUUAGGAGCAUCAAUAUCACUGGACGACCUUAAAAGGGAAUUGAACAAACGAGAAAAAGAAUUAGACGAAUGCAAACAGAAACUGAAACUAAAUGAGGGUCUAUUACUAACUAGUGAAGAUAAAGUACUUCAUUUAGAGGAGUUACUAAUGGAAGCAACUUCACAAGCUAAUUCAAAUAAUAUCAGUAGAACAAUCAGCGAGACAACAACUACUGGGGGCGUGUCCAACACUGAAGGGGGCGUGUCUAGUUCUGAGGGAGUGGGUGCGUCCACUAGUGAUGGUUGUUCUUAUUCUAAAAGUGUCUCCUCAUACAGUGAGAGUAGUAAUAGGAGGAGGAGUGGUGAUCAUACUUCACUCCUGUUGGCUGGUUUUGAGGAUAAAAUAUCAACUUUAUUGAGUAAUCACUUUGAACGUAUUAUCAAUGCACUCUAAUGAUUGUUUAUUAAGUAUUUUUAAUCUAGAUUGCUUACUACAUGUA